AUGCCAACAUCAGACCAAAUGUUUGUGGGUUAUAUAUUUUCAUUUCUAUCUCUUUUCACCUUUUCUCUCUCUCUCUCUCUCUUUCUCUCUCUCUCUCUUCUCUCUCACCUUUCCUAUCAUUCUUUUCUCUCUCACACUCUUUCCUUUUCUCUCGCCUUCUAUAUUUCUUCCACCUCCCCCACGUCUCUCUCUCUCUCACUUUUUAUAUCCUCUCUUUUCUCCCGUUUAUAUAUCGCCUCUCUCUCUCUCUCUCCCUCCCUCCUCUCUCUCUUUCUUUCUCUCUCUCUCCCUCCUUCUCUCUCUCUCUCCCUCUCUCUUUCUUUCUCUAUCUAUCUCUCUCGCGACUUACGGCCACAUCACGUUGAAUCACGGCAAAUCAAUCAAUACUCUCUCUCUCUCUCUCUCUCUCUCUCUCUCUCUCUCUCUCUAAUAAUCGAUAUUUCUCUAUUAUCGCUCACCGUCUAUCUAUCUAUCUAUCUAUCUAUCUAUCUAUCUAUCUAUCUAUCUAUCUAUCUAUCCAGGUCUAUUUAUUUUUGUUUUAGUCUAUUCAUGAUCUAUCUAUCUAUCUAUCUAUCUAUCUAUCUUCCCCCAGGUUGA